CGUAUCGCUGUACCUGCCGCCGUGAGGCAGUAUCGUUGGCAGCAGGUAACAACAACAACGACCUCGGAUCGCGACCUAACCUCCAAGCUGCCGCGACACCUGUUCUCCUCGAGUAUCCUCCCCGUGAACAUCUGCAUCGACAGCAGCAGCCACGUAAUCCCGAAUCGAAGGCAUUCCGGGAUUUACUGCUAUGCCCAAGUGAUAAGGAUGUAAUUAUUGACAGUGCUCGUGCAAGUGGCGGUCGUGGUGGUAGUGCGCUAGGCGGUCUGCUCGUGCGAUGUUGCAGCGGGUGUCCUGGCUCGCCCGUCUCCACCUCCUCCUCGACUACUCCCCAGGACGACUACGGCAUCUCGUUACCAGGUAAAUACAGCUGCAAGAGCUACAAACAGCUGAGCAUGGAGCACGCGGACCUCGUCGCGGAGAUGGUGCACGUCGAGCGGCUGACGACCCAGGAGCGGCUCCACCUGGCCCGCCAUCGUCGGCUCCAGCAGCUCAAAGUCUGGCGCCAGCGCGAAAAGGAGUGGCUACGACACCAGACCCGCCACACGAGCAACAAGCGGCACAUAUACUUCAGCGACAGCGUCAUGCUCCUCGAGGCCGCUGCCAGAAACGACAUUGACGAGGUGAGGAGGUUGCUGAAGAAGGGCGUGAACCCGGAUUCGACGAACGAGGACGGCCUGACGGCCCUGCACCAGUGCUGCAUCGACGACAACGAGGAGAUGAUGAAGCUGUUGGUGGAGUUUGGGGCGGACGUCAACGCGGAGGACAGCGAGAAGUGGACGCCUCUGCACGCGGCCGCCACCUGCGGCCACCUGCACCUGGUGCGCUACCUCAUAGCCAAGGGCGCGAAUCUCUUGGCCGUGAAUGCCGACGGUAACAUGCCGUACGACAUCUGCGAGGACGAGAAGACGUUGGAUUGUAUCGAGGGCGAGAUGGCUCGGCGCGGGGUCACGCAGGAGCUGAUCGACGAGACGCGCGCCUCGACAGAGGUGCAGAUGCUCUUAGACUUGCAAAAAUUGGCCUCCGUAGGCGGCGACUUGGAGUACAAGGACCAUCAUGGUGCUACUUCUCUUCACAUAGCGGCAGCUAAUGGGUACUUGAGAGUCGUAGAGUUCCUUCUUGACCAGCACGUUUCGACCGACGUCGAGGACAACGACAGGUGGCAGCCCGUUCACGCUGCUGCUUGCUGGGGCCACUUGGAAGUCCUCGAGCUCUUGGUGCAAAAUGGUGCGGACCUGAACGCCAAGAACAAGCACGAGGAGACGCCAGCGGACAUCUGCGAGGACCCGGAAAUUCGCGAACGCAUCAUGGAAUUGAGGACAGAGCAGGAAAGCAAGAAACUACGCGAGGCGCAAAACAGGCGUGUACGUAGGUCGCAGAGUAUCAAUACGAGGACGCAGAGCGUUAGAAGGACGUCGAUUCGCGACAAAGUGCUCACGACCAAGAAGGAUGCGCAGGAAGAAGCUAGGCUUAUGCUCCAAGCACAACAGCACACGUAUGGAAAUUCAGGGUCUAGUAUGCAGUUGUCGGAGGGUAGCGCAAGCGUGUUGGAGAAUGGAAUGGACGAUGCGGACUCAACGGCGCUGACGCAGGCGGUGCGUCGGGCGCCCGAGGGCAAAGACAACGACUCUUUCCUUCACGAGGACGUCGACAAAGACUCAGAGCCACCUCAGGACGCGAACCAGCAACACCAGCACCAAAACCAGUACCAGCAACAGCAGUCCAUCUACGCGACGUCGACGGACGAGCAGAACGGCAAGAUCAACAUCCAUGUAUCGGUCGUCUUCGUCAAGUCACUCUCCGACCUGAAGAAACAGCGAGCCCAGAGCCGAACCGGCGUCACCGGGUCGGGAGCUUCAGUUCAGCAGCUGGACAGCAACGGUAACUCCACCAACGCAACGCCAUUACCCAACGCUGAGAUAUGCAGCGGCAACGAUUUCAGGAGAUUCAUCGGCAACACCAGCGAGAUCAUAGGCGACAGUAGGACGGACAAAAGCUGCUGCGUGCUCAUGUGAAGGCAUUUUCCUUUUUAUUAUUUUUACUUUUCAUUACACAUCCCGUACAUCACGGAGGAAGAUGCGCGUCUCGUUGGCAACUUGGCACAUCCUCCUCGUGCUUGUAUCAUUUUUCCUUCCACUUGUGAAAAAAGGAUAAACUUUUUUCCACGAGGUGAUGUCCAAACGCUUGUGGAGGCACAAUGAGCUUACACUUACGAGCACUGAGAUGUAAAAAGUGACAAGGUUGCUUUUGUCACUGUAUUCAUGUGAACGCGCGAUUUUUCGACUGCCACCUGCACAUUUCGCCGAGCCUACAUAAGUUUCUCGAGUUAUCGUAAAAAAAGCUCGAGUUUUUAGAUCCAAUGGUUCAUAAAACCCCCUCCCUUUCCGAGCAGUGGCAAGUAUUUGGUGUAUACUGUAUUUUUGUAACAGUAAACAAUAAAGUAAUAAAUAUACCCGCGUGAAGCAACAGAAGAUUGAGACUGCUAUUGUAUUCAAGGAUCGAUUGUAAAGGUGAUUGCACUACUAUGGGAAUUGAAUUCACUGGACUUUUCGUACCGAUUGUAAAAUGAAUCUACAUGCGAAUGAUUUUUUAUUAAUUUACUUGGACAGCCACGAGAUAUUGUUUUUUUUUUUUAGUCCAAUGAUUGUAUUUAUUGUUGUGGACAUAUAUUUGUUUUGCAAUCGCGAAGAUUCAGUCGAACUUUCCGUCUUAAUGGUACUAUAUUUUGAUACACAUUGGUCUUUGAAAACGAGCAUUUUUCCGCACGUACUUAAUAGCGAGGAAAAACCGCUCAUGAAACGGAGUUGGUUGUUAGUUUUACGCGAUUGAUAUUACCCGUGUAAGUUAAGUAGAAAAUUCGCCGAGACUUUGAUUCUUCGAUAUUUCGAAACUACGCGAAUUUAAGACUUUUUUUCUUUCCUAGUAUCGAACAGGAUUGUAAGUUGCGUGAAAAAACAUUCCAUAUAAUAUAAUAUAGACAAAAAGCUUUAAUUAAUAGUCUCAUCAGUGUGGAAUGAGAUUAAACGGUUAAAUGAUUGGAGCAAUAUUUUGGGGAACAUAUACAUAUAUAUCGUUUUUAUCGAAUGUUGAGACUAUAUAUCAUAUUAUAGUGUUACGGUAUAUUAUAUUUUUAUGAUUCGCUAAGCGAUCGAUGGACGAUUCUAUCUUCUCUGAAUGUUGCGUGACUUUUAACUGGUUGAAUUUAUUAUUUUUCCAAAUUUGAUUUUUUUUCUCUUCUACUUCUAUCUGUACUUAUCUUCGUUAUUCGAUUCAUUUAUCACAAAUUAAUUUGAUUUCUAAAUACACGAUACUUUUCAGGUAUUUGUUGAAGUCAGUUUUUUUUAAGUAGGUACAUGAAUCGCGGAUUUUAAUUGUGAUAAGAAUGUACGCUCAUAAGAUAUUAUAUUUUUGUAAGAUGAAAAGUUGAGAGUGUUUAGUUUUGAAAUUUGACUGAGAAAGCCUUGAGAAGAUCCACUCGAGGGAAAAAUAUUUUCCUAUUCAAGACUUUGCCUUGAAGCAAUUACAGUUGUGUCACAAAAAUGGUAAUCUUACUGCAUGCAUUGAGAGAAUCCAUGCAUUACAAAGACAAUAUUUUUUCUUGUCAACCUUGUGGUGUAAGACCCAUUUUUACCGUCCGAAUGAACCCAUUAUAUUUAUCUUUGAAAAAUUAUAUGUAUUUAUGGUUAGUCAAGAAAAGAGAUGCAAAUAGCACGAAUUUGCAACGUUAAAAUGCUUUAUGUAAUAUGCAGAUACCACUGCAUAAAUAGUAAGCUCUGUAUUGAUACUUAUAUUUAUCUCUGCUUUUGUAUUCCUACAAAGACCUUUAUUUGUACUUCUUAUAACUUAUGCUUUAGAAUUAUGUCAAAAAAAUUUUCUCAAGUCACUACCUUAUCCUCGUUUUUUAUUGUAUUUAUUACAACGUAUAUAGAGUUUAGUUUUAAGGUUUUUAUAUUUAAUAAAGGCAACAACGGUACUUGUUUUACAUAUUUUACUUCGGUAAAAAUAAAGAAAA